GUUUGAACGUUGAAGAAAAUGAAUGCAAAGGCAAAGCGAAGCAGAGAACUCGUUCGAUCGGCUGUAGUGUAUUUUUUGAAGGGAUAAUCGCGAAAAGAAAAAGAUGUAAGCCCGCGUCUGUCUAUCGAGGGUUGAGGUAAGAGGCAACGCCAAUCACCAUCUAAUUCCCGUCCCGUCCCGGAUGAUGCUCAAAGUCAAAGAGGAACAAUUGUUGCUAUGUUUGUAUUCUCCUUUGGUAUAAUUGGUUGACACGACCCAAUUCAUUGAUUCCAAUUGCAAUAUGGAUCGAUUUUCGAAAAAGUGUGGCGCGCUUACUCAUGCUUAGGUAGACGGUAAUAUUUAUUCGUAUUCGCAAUCGCAUUCCGGAAAUGAGUAAGAGCGGUGAAGUUUAUAUAUCGUAUCGCAGGUCAUCGUAGCACAGGUCGUCCGUUUCCGCUUGGAUUUUCGCAUUGUUUGGUGAGUUGUACUACUUGGUGGCGGAGUUUAGGCAUACUGUAGAGGUAAAAAGGUAGAAAUUUGAAGAAGCAUUCUUGUGUACUGUGUACUGUAGUGAAAGUGAUCUGCAAAAUGGAGUUUGUAAAAAAGAACCAGUUUACCGAGGCCGCCGACUGCCUAAUUUGUCUGGAAACCAUCAAAGACAAGGUCUUCACAGCUUCCUGUUGCGCAAAGGCUUUCUGCGAAGAUUGUCGCGAUGAGUGCUCUUCCAUGGAUUGCCCAGCGUGUCGCGCCAAGAAAUCAGACGGCUUCACGAUUGUUCCGAACCGGUUUAUCGAAAUGAACAUCGACAACGAAAAAGUAAGAUGUAAAGGGUGCAAGAAAACGAUGACAAGAAAGCAGUUUCGCGAAGACCACAUCAAAACCAACUACUGGGAAGAAUGUGAACCGUGCGCAGAAACAAAGAGAAGUUGCCCGCACAGUUAUGCCGGUUGCAAAUUCGAAGGGAAGUUGGCGAAGUUGCGAAAGCACUUGGGAUGUGAGUGCGAGCACGUAUUUUUUUGGAUGUAACUGUGUCAAACGUAAACCACCCGACACCUGAUCGUGCUACUUGUUAGUUUGCGUUGGCGCUACCAUUGGUGUAUGCAUAUUAAUAGAGAAAGAGAUCAUUAUCUUGCACAUUCUACUGUACAACUAGGGUAGAAGAGUAAAACUGUCGCCAUACAAUUAUGACGGAGACGGAAAAUCAAACUUACAACUCACAGGGAUAUCGCAAGCUCGAUGCUUCUGCAAUCGCAAUUUGCGGUGGUGAGGCAGGGUUGAAGAAAUCUGUGCAGUACAUCGAGUCCCAUCUCCACCUCAAUCCGCCAACGCCCCCCGAGACGCUCGGCCAGCUGAUGCACGCGGCCGGCAUAAACCUGACCUCGAGGGUCGUGCAGUAUGGUGUGUGAAGCUGCUGCAAGUACCGCUCUGGCCCCGCCUACUCUACUCCUACUCGUCACUGUGUUGCUCUUGCUUGUAUAUAACUUACCACGCUAUGACGUAACGGUAACCUGCUCGCUUUAUCACGUUUACCUCCCUGCGCCAUUUAUGUUCCAUCUUGCUAAAAAAAAGUAGAAGGCCCGAGCAAAGCAAAGGCCCAGGCCGGCUGUGUAGUGCGUAUAAUGAAGUGAGUCGAGACAUAGACUGAGAGUGCGCCGUAGAGCAGCUUCUAAUUGCAUAUUUUGGCGCUUGCAGGCGGCGAAUGCUGGGACGAAAUCCCUGAUAGACUCAGCUUGGAGAACUCUUUUAUCGAGUACGAAGAGGGCCGUCGAGCCGCAGGACGACGGGACUGGGUGGACAACAUCAAGCACAUAACGACAUACAUUUUCGCGCACUCCGUCCGGGGGACAUCUGAAGACGCAAGAUCCGAACUGUGGGACGGGUAUCAUAAGCAUCUACUCCUGAGAGUCGUGGACACUUACAACAACGAAGACUGGGACGAUCGCGAUACUCCCAGCGACAUCGAUGUGAAGCCGUGUCCCGAAAAAGGAGAGGACGACUGGCGGGACGAGUGGCGGAAGGUGUUCGGCUGGCUGAAGAAACCAUCUGCGGGUCGCAACAACGACAGGAGCCGCAGUCCGCGGCGCCAAAACGGACACGCGGGCGAGAGCGGGGGGUAGCUCGUUGGUAUUUUCUACCUGAUGUCAAAGGAAAGCAUGCGCAGCGUAGAUGCGUGUAGGGCUAGUGCUAGUUGAGGUUAAAGAUGGAGAUGCGAUCGCUCUGCCCAGAAGCACAAGGAGGGCAACUGGAGCUCUAUUUGAAGACUUUUCCUCGAUGAAACCUGAUUGAGGUUUGUCACGUUGAAAUCAGAAUCGCAAAGUCAAGUGGUACAGCACGCAUCAUGAAUUCUGAUUGAUCUUGUUUUAGGAAAAGCGCGACCUUUAUAUGUUUUCUGCUGGCGGGAAAAGGAAAACGAAGCUUAGGGUUGGCGUUAGGUUUAAGUUCACGUACUGUAAGGCACGCGUGUUCAU